AUGGUUGCCCCCACCGCUCCCUCUCCCGCCUCUGCGGAGACUACUAACGCUACCUCAUCUGAGGUUGAUAUCAACAAUACCGACAAGGUAAGUCUCCCAUCCUCAAUCAAGGAUCAUGAGCUAAAGAAUCCGAAGUUUUUCGAUCAUAUAAUGGCCAACCUCAACGCGAUGCGAGCCAAGGUUCAGGCUCUUGAGUCUGAAAACACCGAGCUCAAGGCUCAAGUUCAGUCCGAGAAGUCUUCCAAGGAAGAGCUCUCCAAGAACCUUGACGAGGCCAAUCAUAACUCGCGCGUAGCUGAACUCGAGGCUGCUACCAAGAUCCAGUCUCUUGAGUCUAAGAACAAUGAUCUCAUGGAUCAAGUCAAGGACGAGAAAUCCAUCAACGAGCACUACUCCGACAACCUUAAGGAAGCCAACAAAAACUUGCACUCUGCUCAGCUUGAGGCUACUGCCAAGGAUGCCGAGCUUGGUCGUGUCCGCGAGCGUCUGCAACUUGUCGAAGCUCAAGCUGCCGAGCAGCAGCAACUCCAUGCUGUCAAGGAACAGAACAUCGAGCUCCAAGCUCGCUUCCGACUUCAGUUCAUGCUGACCACCCACCAGCAUGUUCAAACUCUCAAGCAUAUGAUGCAUGACUGGAAGAUGCAGGUGGAGCAGAAGAUUGACGACGAUUAUGAGAACAACAAACUCAAGGAGAGCGACGCCGACGCUGCCCUCGACGCUGAGUACGAACGUCUCAAGGCUCUCAUUGAAGGUCACGAGUACAUCAUUGCCAACAUCAACAAGGGUAAUGACAAGUUUGUCGCUCAGAUCAAGCACCUCCGCGAGCUUGAGAACGUUACUCUCAUCUCCGACCUCACUGCCAAUCGCUUCGAGGCUUUCUUGAACGAGCGCGUGAAGAUGGUCGCUCAGCUUGAGCAGGAGAAGCAGGAUUUUGUCGACAUGAUUCCCACCAAGACCAAGGAAGUGACCAAGGCCGAACGCAAGGCGGCUAAGAAAGCUGCGAAGAAGGCGGCCAAGAAGGCUAAGAAGGCGAACGCGAAGAAGUAA